AUAGACCACUAAUUGAAACUAAAUUUGAUAUUGGAACACAAGCUUUGAUAUCAGAAAUUGUUGUUUGUGGACCAAAUAUGAAUGUUCAACCUAAAUGUUUUAUGGGUUUGUCUGGUAAUACCACAAAAGAAUGUGAUGCAUCAUGGUGGAGUCAGUGUCCUUUAGAACAAUUCAAAUUUAUAUUCCUUGACACUUCCAAUGAAAACUGUUAUAUUUUGACAACAUCAAAUUCAUCACAAUUCAAGCCAAAUGUCAUUGAAGAAUUAAAUAUUCAAAUGAAACUACAAACUUUACUUCCUGAUUCAUCAUUGGGUACAAUUUGUAAUUUUUUGGCCAUGUCACAAAAUCCAUUUCAUGUUCAUCCUGAUUUUUUUAAUUUACCAGCGAAACGUUAUUCACAUUUUCAAGAAGGGAAUUGUACAAAUUGGUAA